AUGGUUGCUCAUCCUUUUGAUCCCAUCAGCGACGCCGAAAUCCGGCUCACUUCCAAAGCGAUCAAGGACUCCCUCAAUCCGUCGCAAAAGCCUCAUUUUUGCCAGAUUGACAGACUCGACCCGCCAAAGAAGGAUAUGAUCAGAUACCUGGAGGCCGAAAAAACUGGCAAGCCACUUCCUCAGAUCUCAAGAAUCACCUACGCAUACUUUUAUCUGGGAACCGACUUUUACAAGUCUCUUGUCAAUUGCACCUAUGGACACCUAAUAACCACCCAAAAGCAACCAGAAGGAGUUGUUGGUCCUCUGGUUUGGGAGGAUGUUGCGGAAAUAGAGGAACUGUUGACUGUGCACCCGCUGGUUCAAGCGGAAGUCAAGAAGCUCAGAUUGCCACCAUCCAUCAAGGUGGUCUGUGAUCCUUGGAUCUAUGGAACAGACGACCCUAAAGAGAAAAGACUGUUGAUCCAAUGCUACAUGUAUUUGGCCAAUGCUUCUCACCCUGAGUCCAACCACUAUUCCCUGCCUCUCAAGUUCUCCCCUGUUUUUGAGUGCUUGACCAAGAAGUUUGUGAGAAUGGACUAUUUGCCUUCCGGAGUUGACGAGAAGUUUGUCCCUGAGACUGAACCUUGGACCAAAUUUCCGUUUGUCGAAUACCAUCCCGAUCUCAACGGCGAGACUCCAAGACCGCUCAAACCAUUGAUUGUUCAGCAGCCCGAGGGCCCAUCGUUCAAGAUGGAGGGCUCGAAGAUUUCCUGGCAAGGAUGGGAAUUUUACGUGGUGCCCACCGCUAGAGAGGGAUUUGCAAUCUAUAACAUCCACUUCAAGGGAAGAUCCGUUAUCUACAGAUUGUCUCUAUCGGAGAUGACUGUGCCUUACGGCGAUCCCAGGCCGCCAUACCACCGAAAACAGGCAUUUGACUUGGGGGAUUCCGGCUUUGGAACCACUGGCAAUACUCUCAAACUGGGCUGCGACUGUCUGGGUGUUAUCAAAUAUCUAGACUGCUCCAUCACGGACUCGAAAGGACAACCAAAAUUAGUCCCAAGCACCGUUUGCUUGCAUGAGCAGGAUGGCGGUCUGCUUUACAAACACAUGAACUAUCGGACUGGCGGUGCUGUCACCACCAGAAGAAGAGAGUUUGUCGCUCAGACCAUCGCUACAGUUGCAAAUUACGAGUACAUUCUUAACAUCAUUUUUGAUCAAGCUGGUGAGAUCAGAAUCCACGUUAGAGCAACAGGUAUUUUAUCUACUAUGCCGAUUGACGAAGGACUCACCGUGCCUUGGGGUACCAACGUUGGACCUUUGGUGAUGGCUGCUUACCACCAGCACUUGCUUUCGUUCAGAAUUGAUCCUGCUGUAGAUGGCUACCAAAAUACCGUCGUCUAUGACGAUGUUGAAAGAAUGCCAGCCGGAACCAGCUUCAAUCGUUUCGGUGUUGGCUUUGUGACGAAGAGGUCAUACGUUGAGAAGCCAGGUUAUGUCGAACAGUCUCCGUUCACCAACAGAUCGUACAAGAUUAUCAACGAGAAUAAGCUCAACCCAAUCUCAAAGAGGCCGGUUGCAUACAAAAUUAUGAUGCCAGCCAGACAAAUGCUGCUCGCUGACGAAGACUCAUACAACAACAAGAGAGCACAUUUUGCUACCCAGCAAGUCUGGGUUACCAAGUAUAGGGACAACGAGCUGUUUGCCGCUGGGGAGUUCACCAACCAAUCACAGGGAGACACCGGUCUCAAGAAUUGGGCCUACAGAAAUGAGAACGUCAGAAAUGAUAAUCCUGUGGUCUGGGCAACUCUCGGGUUCACCCAUAUCCCAAGAGUGGAAGAUUUCCCUGUCAUGCCCGUGGAGACACACGAGAUCGCUAUCGUGCCAAAUGACUUCUUCGAUAAAAACCCUGCCUUGGACGUUCCGCAGUCCACUCAAAGCUUCAACAAAUCUGAGUACUAUCCGGGAGCAUCAUCGGAAGAGGUUAUUCGCAAAAUGGUUCACCCUUUCGACCCUAUUUCGGACGCAGAGCUCCAGCUCACUUCCCAGCUUAUCAAAGAUGCCACUAAGGGCCCAGAAAGGCCACAUUUUAUCCAGAUCGACCGACUGGAUCCCCCAAAAAAGGAUAUGAUCAGAUAUCUUGAAGCUGAGAGAACUGGCAAGCCUCUUCCUCACAUCUCGAGAAUGACUUAUGUUUACUACUAUAUUGGCCUUGACUUCUACAAAGCCCUCGUGAACGUGAGCUAUGGACACAUUAUCACCAACCAGAAACAGCCAAAGGGGGUCAUUGGUCCACUGAUUGCCGAGGAUAUUCAGGAAAUCGAGGAGCUCGCAACUACACACCCAAUCGUCAAAGCAGAGAUUGAAAAGCUCAAACUUCCUCCACACGUCAGAGUCGUCUGCGACCCUUGGAUGAACGGAACUGACAGCAAGGAGGACAGAAUGUUGAUCCAGUGCUACAUGUAUCUGGCCAGCGCUGCUCAUCCAGAAUCUAACCACUACUCGUUGCCGCUCAAGUUUUCUCCUGUUUUUGAAUGCCUUACCAAAAAAUUUGUGAGAAUGGACUACUUGCCAGGAGGUGCCGACGAAACCGUUACCGAGACGCAGGCUUGGGAUGAAUUCCCAUUCGUGGAGUACCAUCCAGAUCUCAACGGCGAGACCAUUGUACCACUGAAGCCUCUGAUUGUUCAGCAGCCUGAGGGACCAAGUUUCAACGUUGACGGUCACAAGAUCUCAUGGCAAGGAUGGGAGUUCUUUGUGAUACCUACUGUAAGAGAAGGAUUUGCCAUUUACGACAUCCACUUCAAAGGCAGAUCUGUCGUCUAUAGAUUGUCGCUGUCUGAAAUGACGGUGCCAUAUGGCGACCCAAGAGCUCCGUUCCACAGAAAACAAGCAUUCGACUUGGGAGACUGCGGUUUCGGUGCUACUGGUAAUAGUCUGGCUCUGGGAUGUGACUGCCUGGGAGUCAUCAAGUACAUGGAUUGCAGAAGAGUUAACACUAAUGGUGAUUCGGUUUUGAUUCCAAACACUGUGUGCUUGCACGAGCAGGAUGGAGGUCUACUGUACAAACACACCAACUAUAGAACCAACGUUCCUGUGAUUGCCAGAAGAAGAGAAUUUGUUGUUCAAACCAUCGCUACCGUUGCAAACUACGAAUACAUGCUAAACAUCAUUUUCGACCAGGCUGGAGAGAUUAGGAUCCACGUUAGAGCUACCGGCAUUCUCUCCACCAUGCCUUUGGACAAGGACGUCACUGUUCCUUGGGGCACGAACGUCGGCCCAAGGGUUAUGGCCGCUUACCACCAGCAUAUGCUUUCGUUCAGGAUUGAUCCUGCUGUUGACGGUUACGAAAACACCGUGGUUUUUGACGACGUUAUCCGUAUGGAGAAAAACACUAAGCUGAACCCAUACAACGUUGGAUUUGUGACCGAAAGAACUGUUGUUGAGAAGCCAGGCUAUGUCGAACAGUCUCCGUUUACCAACAGAUCGUACAAGAUCAUUAACGAGAAUAAGAUCAACCCAAUCUCCAAAAAGCCUGUGGCGUACAAAAUUAUGAUGCCAGCCAGACAAAUGCUGCUCGCCGACGAAGACUCAUACAACAAUAAGAGAGCUCAAUUUGCUACUCAACAAGUCUGGGUUACCAAAUAUAGAGAUAAUGAACUCUACGCUGCCGGAGAAUUCACCAAUCAAUCCCAAACAGACACUGGAUUGGGUGUUUGGGCAAGACGUGACGAAAAUGUCAGAAACGACAAUCCAGUGGUCUGGGCGACUCUCGGCUUUACUCACAUCCCAAGAGUUGAGGACUUCCCAGUGAUGCCUGUUGAGGCCCAUGAAAUAGCCCUUGUUCCGUUUGGAUUUUUUGACAAGAACCCUGCUCUUUCGGUGCCUCAAUCCACCCAGAGCUUCAACAAGUCCCAGUACUUCCCAGAGUCUGGCAUUGAAUCCUCUUGCUGCAAAUCUAAUUUAUAAUAUAUCACAUAAAUACAGUAC